AGCGACCUGCAAAGAGUCAACCGUUUGAUAUUCAAAGUUAAGCAAGCUGAACAUUUCUGCGAUGAAGUGCACCAAAGGGUGAUCUCAAAUGGUAAAAGUCAGUGCUCAAGAAGAUUGUACCAUAGUAGAUCACGAAGCCACACGGGAAGAAAACCCUUCGAAAUGACGACGGUGAAUACUUUCUCGCUUACGAGUCAAAACUUGCGAAAGUUUGAAAGGGAGCUCCAAAAUGAAAAGAGGAAAAGGAAGUCCUUACAGAGAAACAUAAAUCCAGAGAGAACUGAGGGGGAUGGAAGAAGCUCUGGAGUUCAGUCGUGCGGCUCACAAUCGAGUGCCUUUAAAGAAAGUCUCAGUGACCACUUCAAGGACGUGGAUACCAAAAAAGUAACAGCACCUAGAAAUAAUAAUUCUUACUCCUUAGAUCGCCCAGAGAGAGAGGCGUUCCGAAGAAAUCCUGAAGGGCAGAGUCGAAACGAGAGCUCUGCCGCUACACCACAUGUUUCGAAAAUUGAUUACGAGGAAGGAAAUGUACUUAUCAACUACAGCAGUGACAGCGAAAAAGAUAAAAAAGAACUGAACUCUGCUGAUGAGCAGGAGGAGGAAGAAGAUGAAGACAGCGAUGAGGAUGACGAUGACGACGAAACUGAAGAAGAAAGUGAUGAAAGCGAUGAUAGCGAUGAUGAGAGCGAUGAAAGUGAUGAAGAAAGUAGCGAGGACGAAGACGAAGACACAGAAACUCCAACACGAGGAGUUGGAACUCCCACAACUGUCCAAACACACUAUACGAGUAGUUUAAAUGCGAGCAUCAGCAGCAUUCGUACUAUUGCUUCAGCAAAAAGCACUCCUGAGUCCAUAAUAACGAUUAAAACAACGAAAACGGUAAGAAAAGGAAGUGCACACUCAAAUGUAAGUUUGGCGCCAUCAUACGUUUUGAACAGCAAUCAAUAUCGCAUGAAGAAAAUGGCAGCAAAGAAAGAGAAAGAUCGUGGCCAAAAUCAUCAGGAUUAUGAAAAUGAGUCAGAGUUAUCUUUCGGGCCCGAACAGCGGUCACCCUCGGCUGCGACAGGAAUGCGUGAUAAAGGUACGACAAGCGUGCACAGCGACGGUACUUACGUGACUACAAGAAACUGGUCACGAUGGAGUCAUUUUAGUGCAGCAGGGUACAGCAUAAGUGAAGGACCUGAAGUCGUUCGUGGGCAUAACAAACAUUCGACAGUAAAUACCACAACCACAGGAAGGCGAGCAAAGACCUUUAGACAAGAAACCUACUUCCGCUCUAAAACGCCUCAUUUACCUCUUAUCGGUAGAAACAUUUCAAGUAAUUCUGUUCCCGAUAUGCGCAGAUAUGGUAAGCGUCAUGUGACGCUCACACUGGAUCCUGAUCUUUCAAGAGCGCGAUCUGUAAGUCGCAGCCAGAUGGUGUCUCAAAUGAGCACCCGAUCAAUUAUGAAAAAUCCAAAAGCGGCCCGCGUAAAAUCUGUCCCAGACCUCAACAAGGAAGCUAUCAUGUCCCUUUUUGACAUGGAAAGAGGAAAAAAUAGAUCAGCUGCCCGCCCCUUGUACAACAAAAAAGAAACUGUUAAAAAGUUGAGAAGAAAUAUUAAUGAUGAAAUCGAUUUUACAAAUCGGAAAAAGCGACGUCGGAAACGUAAGGAAUUCCCCAAAAAACCGAGGAUAAAAAGCUCUCUUAGUUCGGCUUCAAGUGACUUUUGGAAUGCACGGAAACGAAAAAAGUCUGCAACGAACAGAGGGUCUUCUUUGUCGAGUGCAUUGUCCAUGUCAUCCAUGAAAUCAAGCAGAGCAGGGCAGAGCAGUAGAUCUUCCACUGGUACAAUCAGUAAGGCGAGCUCUACCGUAAAACAAAAUAGGCUUCAGCCACUCAGGACAUACGUCAGUUAUCAGAGUGGUAGCGAUCAAAUGUCAACACGAGCGUCCCUACCAACGUGUGAGACACCUAUCAGCUUAAUCCUUAAGCGAACUCCGAGUUUGCGGUCUGUCAUAACAGAGUACAGUAGUUAUCUAAGCUUAGCAGCCUCGAGCAUUAAGUCCGUGCGCGCCAGCUCCAGAUCAAGUCUCUCAAGCACCGAUGGAGAGAGCACAGCUAUAGGCCCAGAAGCCACAAGCCCUGAAAAGGAAGAAAAAGACGAUUUGAACUGUAAAAAACAAAGACAAGUAGAGCCUGAGAGGAAACCUUCAUCCAAAGCCAGUGAUCAACAAUCUAAACGAAGCUCGCCUGUAAAGGAAGAAGUGCUAACUUCUUCCAACUCUGAAAGGCUUUAUUUACCAGCGUUUCGAACUCAGUCGGUUUCAUCUGAAAGAACUGUUAGCGCUAAACCAGUAAAAGAACGCGAAAAAGUAAAGAAAAAGGAACCCGUUAAAUUGCCCCGAAUUGUUCGAGUGAAUCAUCCACUUCCAAGUUUUACAGAAGCCACACGGGAUACUGGCAUUACCCGCUUGGUGAAACUUGCCAAGCCGAAGGAAUCUAAAGCGGUAUGGAUGACAAGUUUCUGGCCAAUCGUAUGGGGAAAUCAAGAUAUGAUGUGGCCCAUUUCCAGGGGAGCAAUCACAGCAAAUGCAUCAGAGAGAUUAAUGGCCUUAGCCACGCCGAAAAAAGAUUUCCAAAUCGACCAUCCAUCCAAGUGUAGCAGGGGACAAUACAUAUAUAGCUGUGGCCGUAAUUCUGUCAUUUGGGAUGUGCAACCUUCCGCUUUAAAAGCAAAUAUUUCCACAAGGGUCAGUCAGCUGGCAGAACCGAAGAAAUUACCACCUCAACAAGAAGAACAAAGGGAGGCAUACAUCUUCAGUUGCGGUAGAAGUUCACCAAUUUGGCAAGUAAGCCAGGCAGCGAAGACGGCAGGAGAACGGGAACUUUCACUGAGACUAGCACAUUCCAAGAGAUGCCAUCCUGACUACCGGCCAGGAAGGGAAAUACCCUGGAGUGUAAGUGAACCAGCAAAACGAGCCGUGACUUCCGCUCGAACCGAACAACUAGCGCGUCCUAAAACGCGCCAAGACAGGCUCAUAAGGGAGCCAACAUGGCGCGUAUCCUCAGCCAGCAUGCGCACUGUAGCCUCAGCCCGUGUUCAGGAGCUUUCCAAGGCCAAGCAAACGGUUGAGGGAUAUUUGCCAUGUAGAGAGACUGAAUGGCAUAUUACUAGAAACACUCUCAGGGCAAUAGCCUCUGAUAGGAUCCAAAAUUUGUCCAAGCCAAUUAUACGGGAGACAAUGGAUCACCUUCAGUUUAACCCAGAUGCAUUCACCGUUAGUGAAACUGCGAAGAAAGCUGCCGCGUCUUCAAGGGUAGUUGAAUUAGCACAACCUACCGCUCGUGGACACAAAUGAUUGUGCUCAACGACCCAGUAGAUUGUUUAGCUUAAGAAUUCGUUCAGACAGCGAUUAACUUUCCAUAAAUUAAAUAACUAUGGUCGAACCAGUCAUGCUUUAAUGUACAACUUUUUCCAAUUAUUUUUAUUUGUUCUUAACUGUACUAAUACCCUCUACACGUGACGAAUUUCAAAUAGUGAUAGAAUAAAGGGGUGGUAUUUAAACAAGGUUAACCGUUUUUGGACACGAAAGCAAAAUCUAAACCAUCCUCGAUUUAAGCUAACGUUAAUUUUUGUGCCUACUGUGUCCUUCUUCUAAAAAGGUGGUAAGAACUAUGUUAUGGUGUCGUGUAGGACGUGUAAUGUAUUGCGUAAGUCCAUAACCUUUCCUCAAGUCCCCGCGGUUUCCAAAAUGGCGGACUAUCGUAAGCCGCACUCGUGGGAUCGUAUCUAGUGCCGGAUUCAGACCUGGAGCUAAGGGGGGAGGGGGAGGCGCGAUUUUUUUGUGUGUACACCUGCUUUUCUUCCUUCUGCAUUUACUUUUUACCCCUGACCAUAUCUAUCAUCCUUGAAAAAGGGAAAGCAAGGAAAAAAAAAAAAAAAAAAGGCAAACAAAAGUUGGCGCGGCCAGCCCCAAACCUCGCAGGUAUACCCAUAGCGCUAGGUAAGCAGAGCGUACGAUGUACCGAAGUUUCGGAAUUCGAAUAAAUUUGAUACAUAUGUAAUACAUAUACUCAUUCUAUUGAUUUCCUGCCUUGUUCUUGCCCUGUCAAUUGACCAUUGUACAAACUCUGCUCUAACCAAGUC